AUGGACUACAUUGAAUCAGGUUUGGCUCGCAAGCUUGCAGAGGGCCAGAAGCCCUCCUGGGGAGUUAGUACCAGGCCUAGGAAGAACACCCUAGGAAGAGGCCGGGGAAUGCCACUGAAAGCUCUCCCUUCUCAGGACCCUGCUCUUCCUCCAGAGAGAUACUCAGAAGAAAAGGGCACAGCCGGUUUAUUCCUGGAAGCCAGGACCCAGGACCUGAUGACAUUUGAGGAUGUGGCUGUGGAAUUCAGCUGGUGGGAGUGGAGGCAGCUGGAUCCUGCUCAGAAGGAGCUCUACAGGGAGGUGAUGCUGGAGAACUUCAGGAACCUAGCCUUCCUGGGGCUUCCAGUAUCCAAACCAUAUGUGAUCUGCCAGUUGGAGGAAGGAGAAGAGCCCUGUGUGUUGGAGAAAGAAAUCUCGACAGGAGCCCACUCAGACUGGGAGAAAAGGCCUAAAGGCAAGGAAUCAAUGCCAAGUCAAGGCAUUUCCAGAGAAGAAUUAUUCCAGGUAGCAUUGAUGGAAAAAUACAGUCAAGGUGAGCUCUGGUCCUCGAAACUGAAAGCAACCUGUGGUUAUGAUGACCAGUUAGAGAUGCAGCAGAUAAAGCAGGAAAGACACCUGAAAAAAAUGUCAACCACUCACAAGUCUGCUCUCAGUUUUAGGAGAGAUUAUGAAUGGAGUGAAUCUGGCAGAAGUUCAGGCUUCACAUCAGUUCUUGUUAACCAACACAAUGUUCCCAUGGGAGAAGGAUCCUAUAAAUGGGAUACAAAAUUUAGACAGACUUCAGGGGGAAAUAACUCUCCAAGAACCCAACCAGAGAAGAAAUCUUGUAGAUGUCAUGAAUGUGGAAAGCCCUUUCAUUUCCAGUCAGAACUUAGGCGCCAUCAGCGAUGUCACACUGGAGAAAAGCCCUAUGAAUGCAGUGAAUGUGGGAGAGCCUUUGGCCAUAUUUCAUCCCUUAUUAAACAUCAGAGGACUCAUACUGGAGAAAAGCCCUAUGAAUGCAGUGAAUGUGGGAGAGCCUUCAGCCAGAGUUCAUCUCUCAUUCUACAUUAUAGAUUUCACACGGGAGAGAAACCCUACAAAUGCAAUGAAUGUGGACGAGCCUUUGGUCAUACUUCAUCCCUUAUUAAACAUCAGAGAACUCAUACUGGAGAGAAGCCCUAUGAAUGCAGGGAAUGUGGGAGAACCUUUAGCCAGAGUUCAUCUCUCAUUGUGCAUUAUAGAUUUCACACUGGAGAAAAACCUUACAAAUGUAAUAAAUGUGGGCGAGCCUUUAGCCAGAGUUCAUCUCUCACUCAACAUUAUAGAUUUCAUACUGGAGAGAAACCCUACAAAUGUAACAAAUGUGGAAGAGCCUUUGCUCAUACUGCAUCUCUUAUUAAGCAUCAGAAAAGUCAUGCUGGAAAAAAAAUCCUAUGAAUUCAGUGAAGGUAGAAGGGCUUUCAGCUGGAGUAUACACAUUACCAAACCUCAGAGAAUUUAUGAUGGAGAAAGAUCCUAAAAGUGUAAUGUAUGUGGGAAGACCAUUGGUUGGAAGGCACAUUUUGUUCAACAUCAGUACAUACUAAAGAGAAGCCCUGUCAUUGUCAAGAGAGAGGGUGGGCUUUCAGCCACAUGUCCUCUUUUACCAGACACUGGAGAAUCCAUA